GGCCGGUGCCGAGGUCGGAUGGUAUGACUGGUCUUAUCCUAGCGGACAUGCAACCUAGGUUAAAUCCGGUUGCGGGGAUGGGCAGCAUCAUCUUCGUUACUCCGAAUAAUCAAACCACGCACUCUACCGAUAACAACGUUGGCUGGUACCCGCCUACUUGGAGCGAGAGAAUAUGGCCGAGACACCCACGCCCUUAUCCCCCCACCCGCCAGUCCCGGCUCCGGAGCACCCAGACGAAGACGACGAGGCGCCGCCGUACCGGUACGUCGACGCCGCAGCGCUGCACACCUUCGUCGCGGCUGUGCUCCGCGGCAACGGCACGCCGGCGGCCAGCGCGGACCUCGUCGCGCAGUGCCUCGUGGCGGCGGACCUGCGGGGCGUCGACAGCCACGGGGCGAACCGGCUGCCGUCGUACGUGGCGCGGGUGCGGGCGGGCGUGCUGGACGCGGCGGCGACGCCGGAGGUGACCAAGGUGGCGGGCGCGGUCGCGCUGGUCGACGGGCGCAACGGGUUCGGGGCGGUGGCGGCCGCGGCCGGGAUCGACGCGGCGUGCGAGAUGGCGCGCGAGCUGGGCGUCGGGCUGGCUGGCGUGCGCCGCUCGAACCACUUCGGCAUGAGCGCGUGGACGGUGCAGCGCGCGGUCGACGCCGGGUUCGCGGCCCUCGUCUUCACCAACUCGAGCCCCGCCCUGCCCCCGUACGGCGGCCGCGCCCGCCUCCUCGGCGUCUCGCCCAUCGCCUGCGGCGCCCCCGGCGGCGCCGCCGACCGCCCCUUCGUCCUCGACAUGGCCCCCUCCGUCGCCGCCCGCGGCAAGAUCCACAAGGCCAAGCGCCGCGGCGAGAAGAUCCCCCUCGACUGGGCCCUCGACGCCGACGGCCGCCCCACCGACGACCCGGCUGCCGCGCUCGACGGCGUCAUGCUCCCCAUGGGCGGCCCCAAGGGCUCCGGCCUCGCCAUCAUGAUGGACGUGUUUUCGGGAGUCUUGACGGGGUCCGCCUUCGGGGGCGACGUGACGGGGCCGUACGACGCGAGCCGGCCGUCGGACGUGGGGCACUUCCUGGUGGCGCUGAAGCCGGACCUGUUCGUGAGCGGGGCCGAGUUCCGCGCGCGGAUGGCGGCGCUGCACGCGCGCGUCGUCGGCGCCGAGCGCGCCCCCGGCGUCGACCGCAUCUACUUCCCCGGCGAGAUCGAGCAGCUGACCCGCGACGCCCGCGCCCGCGCCGGCAUCCCCCUCGCCCCCGCCGAGGUCGACGCCCUCAACGACGAGGCCCGCCGCGUCGGCUGCCCGCUCCUCGUCCUCAACGGCUGAAAGCGUAUCAGACGGGGGGCGGGGGAGAAGCCGCGGGCCGGGGGCGCCGGAGCCCGCCUUUGUAGCUACAAGGCGAUAAU